AUGUCACGUCAUCAGUUUGACUUAGUAAUGUGCUUCAAGCUUCCAGGCUCGAAUAUCGGACGUCUAUGUGAAAGAUGUGAUGGUCGCUGCCCUAUAUGUGAUUCAAAUGUACGUCCACUCUCUAAGGUACGAAUCUGUGACCAAUGUUCCUUCUCUGGACAGGCGAAUAAAUGCAUCAUAUGUGGUGGUCCAGGGGUUAGCGAUGCUUACUACUGUUGGGAAUGCUGUAAGUUGGAGAAAAGUCGAGAUGGGUGUCCUAGAGUUUUGAACGUGGGAAGCAAUAAAACUGAUAGACACUUUGAGAAGAAAUUAACGGAACGACAAAACGGGUACUGA